AUGGCGUCGACCUCGGACCUCGACGCUCAAAUUGAGCAGAUUCGCUCGGGCAAACAGCUCGACGAGCAACAAAUCAAGCUGCUGUGCGAAAAGGCCAAGGAAAUUUUGUCGCAGGAGAGCAACGUUCGUGAGGUGUCCUGCCCCGUCACCGUGUGCGGUGACGUGCACGGCCAGUUUUAUGACCUUCUCGAGCUCUUUCGCAUCGGUGGAGAGGUGCCCCACACCAACUACCUCUUUAUGGGCGAUUAUGUGGACCGCGGCUACUUUAGCGUUGAAGCCGUCACCCUGCUCGUUGCGCUCAAGGUCCGUUACCCCGAGCGGAUAUCAAUUCUGCGUGGCAACCACGAAAGCCGUCAGAUCACCCAGGUGUACGGAUUUUACGAUGAGUGCCUGCGCAAGUAUGCCAGCCCUGCAGUCUGGACUUACUUUACGGAUCUCUUUGACUUUUUGCCGCUGACGGGUCUCGUCGAGCGCCAGAUUUUCUGCUUGCACGGUGGCCUGUCCCCGCAAGCGACCACGCUGGACGCCAUCCGGGAUAUGGAUCGCUUCCAGGAGGUCCCCCACGAGGGUCCCAUGUGCGAUCUCUUGUGGUCCGACCCCGACGAUCGAGCGGGUUGGAACGUGUCGCCGCGCGGUGCAGGCUUCAACUUUGGCAAGACAGUGUCUGAGGAAUUCAACCGCACCAAUGGUCUUCGCAUUAUUGCCCGGGCUCACCAGUUGGUGAUGGAGGGCUUCAACUGGUCGCAUGAUCGCAAUGUCGUCACCAUCUUCAGCGCGCCAAACUACUGCUACCGUUGUGGCAACCAGGGUGGCAUUAUGGAGCUGGACGAUACCCUCAACUAUAGCUUUCUCCAGUACGAUCCAGCACCGCGACCCCAGGGCUUCCACAAGCAGCCCCGCGCACCAGACUACUUUUUGUAA